GAGAAACUUGGCUCAAUCUGCGAAGGACCUCACAGACUGACCUUCCUCUAAAGGGUAGGUGCUUCCUGGACACCUCGAAGUACUUGACAGAGUUCCUCAAGAUUUUACAGGGAAAUGGUGCGGUCGUUUAGAGGACAUUCCACACGAGAGCAGGUCUGAUUUGGAGUCCAGAUUCAGGGACACAAAGAAAAGGCUGUUAAAUUUGAGAAUUUAAAGCAGGUAGCCAUUUUCAAUGCAAACAUGUCAUUUACAUGUGAGCAAUUUUAUAACGAGGCAAUACGGCCGAAUUUGGCUCGUUUUUCAUCAACGGUCAAAGUGAGAGAUAUCUUACCUCACCUGCCAUGCCUCACACUCACUGAUAGGGAAGAGGUCAAUGCCAAGAGAGAAACUUCUGGAAACUUCACUGCUAUGCAAACACUUUUGGACAAUCUACGCAGACGUGAGAAAUGGCCUGAUGAGUUCAUCACUGCACUCCGGAACUGUGAACAUAGGGAACUGGCUAAUGAGAUGAGCACUACUUAUGACAAGAUCAGGAACAACACAAAUAAUGCUGUUCCUGCUGCUCCUACACCCAAACCACCACCUGCUCCAGCUGCUUCUUCUACUUCAUCUGGUUCCACAACAACCACAACCACAGUGACAGUUCAUGCAGUCCCAGCAAACUCUCCUCCUCUGCUGAUUCCAACCUCAGGGGGAGCCCCAGUAAGUUCAUCUGCCCCUUCCAACAUUGCAGCUCCUGCUCCUGUUAAACCUCUUACUGCAGUUCCAGCACCUUCUCCUGAACCAGUUUCCCAAGCUGAAGUAGCACCUCCAGUUGUAGCUCCUUCCCAAGCACCUUCCCUUCCUGAAGCCUCCAUCUCUAAAGUGUCUUUACCUGUUCCAACCCUUACUGGGGCAGCUGAGAACAAAACAUCAGCUUUAGAUGAUUCAGAUGGCUUGGCUUUAACAGACCAAACCACCAUCUCCUCUGCUGAAGCUCUUCUCUCCACCUCAAGUGCUCAAGCAUCCUCCUCAGACACUUCCACUUCUCAAAGCCAAAUAACAAAGCUUUACACCACCUCCCAGACUUCUCCGAAGUCAAAAAAGACCCAGGUGCCAACAGCAGACAUAGAUUUUGACAUUUCUGAGAGACUCCCUGUCCAAGACAUUAAUCUCCCAUUGAGAAUGCAAAGGACAUUUCAGGAGCCGGAAGAGAUCUCUGACCCAAAUAAGAGGAACAACACUGUUGGGUUGCCGGUUUUUAAUAAUGCUCCAACAAAUUCUACCACAACAGCUCAGGCAACAUCUUCUGCACCUGCUGAGGUUACGCACUCUCUCUCUUCCAUCGACCAGGAAUUUUUCAGCAAGCCUAAAGUCCUUCAGCAUCCAGAACACCAGCAGAAUAAAGCAGAGAUUCUUCCUGUCUUUCAAGAGGAGCCUUGCUCAGUGGUUACAGAUGAUUUGCAGUUCAGCCGCGCAGCAGACUCUUCCACAGAACUUGGAGAGUCUACUAGUCUUGCAGACCAGAACUCAGCUCCACUUGCUUCCCUUGAUUCUGCUACUCAGUCCUUGCAAGACCCACCAUACAGUGCUGCUCCCUUGACCCUUAACCAGCCUGAGGAGGACAACUAUGAAUCUUUCAAUGGGAGUCAUACACUGCUAAAUGUAAUCCGGUAUGCUGAAGAGCCAUCUGCUGAAAAUAUGAAUGGUCAGCCACCAAGCAUCCUGCAACGUAACACAGUCAUUUCUGAGGACCAGCAUACCCUGAGCUAUGUUAGCACAGAAAGUGCAGUUCAUCUUUCUGAGCCAUCUGGGCAUGACAGUAAGAAGUCAACCACCAUCAACAUUCGAGAGGAAGAAUCCAGUGCUGCUAGGUCAGAGCAGAGAGGAGAGGGGCGCCCAGAGUUAUUCAGAAUAAACAACUCCCACCUUAUUGCUGCUGCAGGGAUUGGUCUUUCCGCAGCGUUCUUGGCCUGGAAAAUCACCCACAAAUGAAAAUUUGUUAUCAUGUACUCACUCUUGUGUUGCAUGAAACCCCUAUGAUUUUUUUUUAUUUUAAAUGAAACACAAAGGGACUUGAGUAAAAUGUCCAGGCUGCUCUUUUUCAGAAAUAACAGUGGUUAGAAACUGGUGCUGAAGAAAAAGACAAAACGUACAAUAAAAGUAGUCACCUGUAAUGUUUUUGCUAUAUACCAAGUCUUCUAUAACCAUUGGAUAGCUUGCUAUGAGGAACGGACUGAGAUUUGAGUUGUCCAACAUGAUCUUUUUCACCAAACUCUUUAGUGAUUUUAUCCUCAUGUAUUAUUUCAUGUGUGUACAUAUAUGCCUAUAUGUAAUCAUGGUUUUCUAUGUGCCUUACAUAGAUAUGCCUUGUAUGCCAGGGCCGAUAAUGAAUUUCACUGCCAUUGCAUCUGUGAAAUCAGUUUCAAUGAUAAAUUGAUUUCCAUCGAGAUUUAAAAUAAUUUCACAAGUUCACAUUUACUUAUAAUUAAAUAAAGGUUAUGCGUAUUUGGCGUGCUGUCCGGGGAGACUCCUGAGCCUGUGGCACCCUCCCGUCCGGGAAUAGGGGUCUGAGUUUGGAGGCCGGCCCAGCCCAAAGUGCUCCCCCGAGUGCUUCUACCUGAGCUGGGGUAGAAACUUGGCUGAAGGUGCGAGAUUGGGGUGGCGGAGGGAUUCUGGAAGUCGAGAGAUAACGAGGGAAGGACUUACUUAAUUAUUUAUAGGCGUUUUUCUCUUGAGCUGAUUGGUAAACUGUGUAAUCACUAUUGAUGAACUGGCCGUGUUCAUUACCCGUGCAUGCUCCUUCCGAAAUAUGUUUGAGAAACUUCACUUGGAGGACCCAGUUUGACUGGUAUUACAUUGUACAACAAUUUCAUGAAUUAUUGUAAGGCCGCAAGAAUACAUCCUGUGUGUGACAGACCAUUAUUAUAAAGAGCUGUUGCAUAACCUAUCAGACAUUAAUGAAAAACUCAUUUGGAACAUUACAUGGACUGGACAAUUGCCCUAACCCUCUACUUAAGGAACUAUUUCUCCAUCACUGUCCCAUAUUUUCUGUGCAUUGGACCCCUAUAAGAGUUUCAAUGUGUGCACACACACAGAACGCUUUCCACUUUUUAAAAAGUUAAAAUGUAUUCUCCUAAUGCCUGCUAUACCUGUAGUAGAAUAACUGUUAAAAUAGAUUAAACUAAAUGUAAACCAAGUGUACCAAGAUUAUAUUGUUUAUAUUGCUGAUAUGUAAGUGUUUUGUCUGCACAAGUCUCCAAAUCCAGUGCACAACAGUAAUGUAUUGAUAUGUAGUUGAAAAAGACUGAACACUGUAUUCUAGGUAUAUUUUUAAGUUCACACAUUUUUUGAGAUUCAAACUCGUGUUCUUUGGGGUUGCUAGCGGCAUUGCUCUAUCGUUUGAACUGCAGAAAUUAUUAUUAUUAGCAUCAAGUUAUCUAGGGUAAACUGCUACAUGAACAACAUUGGAAAUGACUCAGAAUGAAUUACGUGUAGGUCUACACUUUAAAUGUAAUUCAUAUGACAUUUGUAAUCAGAAACUGCACUUUAUCCACACUUUUUGAUGUGAAAUGAUUUAACCUGAUUGUAAAUGCACUGUAUGUAUUACUCCUGGUCUUAUAUUUUAUCUGAUUAUUAUAUGUUUGAGGGAAGUUACUGUAUUUCAGGGGGAAUAUUUGUGCUAAACUGUUUUGCUUUUGUGUACUGUUCAACUUGAUUAUGCACAGUCAAUAAUGAUUUCCAAAAAUGUUUCUGAAAUAAAAUGUCCUACCUUGAGUCUCAACAAA